AUGGGAACACAUGCCCAGUGCAAACAUGUCCGUCUCAGGGGUGCUCAUGGCACUGCAGGUGAGGAAGAAGAGUGUCCUCUGCUGUUGGUGGGGUUGGGAUCAGCAGCUUUCCUGCUGUCUGCAUCCCCCACGAGUGUCAGGGACCACAACCCUCUUGCUCUGCUUUCGUGCCUGCAGCACAAUCCAUCGUCCCCACACUCCUCCCUCUUGGGCCUAAGUAGAUUCAUCAUGCCUCGUGGUCACAAAAGCAAACAACGUGCUCGUCAAAAACGCCCACAGGGCAGAGGUGAUAAGCACGCUGGUGAGGUGGCACAGGAAGGAGUAGCACCCACAGCAGAAGCAGCAGCAGCAGAAGUAGAAGCCCCACCUGCAGAGGUAGCAGAAGCAGCGACACCAGAACAAGGAGUAGGAGCAGAAGCAGCAGAAGUAGAAGCUGUAGCUGAAGCAGCAGCAGUGGAAGCAGCAACACCAGAACCAGCAGCAAAAGCAGAAGCAGCUGCAGCAGCUGCAGGAGGAAAACAAGAAGAGGAAAAGCAGUCUACUUUUUCCCAGGGCCCAUGUGGUGCUACUUCCUGUAGCCCUCGCCUGAAACCUAGGAGGAAAACACCAUCUCCUGCUGCUCCCUCUGCUGAUGGUUCUGGUGUCAGUUCUGACAACACUUGUAAGAAUGAUGAGCGCAUUUCUGAGGCCAGUCACUGCCCUGACUAUAUGGCCAAAGACACGGAGUGCCCGAUUGAGGCCUUGGAGUGGUUCAUACUCAACAAAUUUCAUUUGAAGCAGCCCUUUACAAGGUUAGAGAUGGUGUUGUCAGUCAAUCGAAAGUACAGAAUCGAAUUUCCUGAGAUUUUCAACAGUGCCCGCGAGCAUCUGGAGAUGAUCUUUGCAGUGGAAAUGAGAGAAGUUGAGUCCACCCGUCACUCCUACAACCUUUUCAGCAUGCUGAACCUCCCCAACAAUGGCAGGGUUCACCCUGGCAGGGGCUACCCUAAGACCGGGCUGCUGAUGAAAAUCCUCGCUCUGAUCCUCAUGAAAGGCCACCGCGCUUCUGAGGAAGACAUCUGGAAAUUCCUGAGAAGGAUGCAAGUGUAUCCCGACAUGAAGCACAUCUUUUUUGGAAAUGUCAAUAGGCUCCUGAACCGCGAUUUUGUGAGACUGAAAUACCUGGAGUACCGGCAGGUGCCUGGCCGUCUUCUUCCACGCCGCGAGUUCCUGUGGGGCCCCCAAGCCCAUGCCGAGACCAGCAAGGAGAAAAUCAUGCAGUUUUUGAUCAGGAUCCAUAACAUGUGUCCUAUGUACUUCUCGUAUCUUUAUGAAGACCUUGGAAAAGAGGAGAUAGAAAAAUUUCAAGCUUCACUUUCUGCCAAGCAUGUCUCUACUGGCAAACCUAGGGCAGUUUCUCCAGCAACACAACCUGCUGCUCCUGCCAAGCCCAUUGAUGUCUGA